CAAAAUUUAAAUACAAAUUCGGCACAAUUGAACUCAGCGAAGGAUCUCUGAUUGAGAAGCAUACAUCAUUCAGGGUAGCCUGCUCUGGCAAGCUCGUGCACUUUCUUCAUGCCCACCACCAUCCAGUCGCUGCCCGUCGAGCUCAUCACUCGAAUCAUCGUCCUUGGCUCCAACUACGAAUAUCCGUAUACCGAUUCUCCGUUUCUUUUCAAGCCAGUACAGAAUACCUUCUACAAUUCCCCUUCCUGCGCCUUCCAGGUCGCUGUUUCCCAUGUAUGCCAUACCUGGCGGGAAAUCGCACUGCGCACCGCUUGCCUUUGGACCACCCUGCAUUUCCAUGAGCCUACUCACAUCCAGCGUGCUCGUGUAUUUCUCUCCCGUUCUAGGCCCCAAUCGUCCAGCACACUAGACAUCCUCAUCUCAACCGUCUCGGAACCUGAAUACAUACCUAAUGUCAACCUCUAUCUCACAGAGCUUCGCGAGAUCUUCGACCUCGUCGUUCGUCAUGUGAAGCGCUGGAGAUCCUUCCAUCUCAAAAUUCGAGAUAAUCAGUGUAAACUGGUUGCUCGUCAGUAUCUCUCUUCCUGCGGUCCCGGACCGAACCUCGAAACUCUCCAGCUCUAUCAUUUCGAGGACUUUGAAAAUUCGGCAGAUCUGUACCUCGCAACGUACAGGCCCCCCGUCAUAAUAUUUAACAACGAGGUCCCUAAAAUCAAGAAUGUAUCCUUAAUUGGCGUCAACCUUCCUUGGGAUCAGUCACCUUACCUCGACAAUCUUCGUUCACUUGAGCUUGCCCUGCAUGCCGACAACAUUCGUCCUCCGUACGUGGACUGGGAGCACAUGCUUCGUUCCCCCGAUCUCGAGCGCCUGUCACUUCAUUACAGCGGUCCGAGGUCGAGCGCGGGUGACGCUAUCACCGCCUGGCCCACUUCUCUCACUUGGCCAGCUGCCAAACGCAAGGGUCCCGUGGUAUUGGAGAAGUUAAGGGAGCUAGGGCUGAUGGAUCUGGAAGCGGAAUACUUGGGCAAGGUGAUGCAGGGAGUGGUCAUGACGGGUGUCACCAAACUUUCUCUAAACCUCUCAGAGCAAGAUUACACCCCGUUUGUGAGCUCUCUAACCCGACGGGAAGGAAAUAAGAGCUCCCGGCCGGCACCUCCAGUCCACUACGCUUUGCCGAACAUCCAUCUAUUGACCGGCCUGACAGUCACCGCGUUAGAAUGUUCUGUUUCUAGUUUCCGCGCCCUUCUGCGCGUGCUCGUUAAUCUGCGCUUCUUAGACGUGGAUUUCGCUGGUUUGUGCAGUGGAGAGGGGUGGAAAGUUUUCGUCGAGGAUGAUGAUCCGCAGUCGGAGCAUGAUCUAGAAGAGGGUGGAAGUGAGGCCACGCGUUCUUCACGUCGGCCUACUCCAGAGCAGCAGGAGUUGAUCAUGGACAAGAAAAACGAUCUCGAAUGGAACCUUCCUCAAGGUCCCCUGCCUCGUCCACUUUCCACGUAUACUGCGAUGAAGGCUUCGGGAUCGUCUUUGGUCGCCAGUACUUCGGCGGCAGAGAGUCGUCCGGCAAUCAUGCCAAGUCUCUUACCCAACCUCGACACCUUUCGGGCACUCAGCCUGGACGGAUCGACACUGCUUAACGUUAUUGCUUCGAGGGGAACAAUGGCGGGGAAGGUCAAAUGGACCAUACGUAUCGGCAUCCGAUACCGGGAUAUGGAAACUUCCACAGGUGACAGCAUCUUGGAUGGCAUCAUCCGGAAUGGCAAAUGUCUGCUUGAGGAAAUCGGAACUCAAGUUCCCGUCCACGUGGACUGGGUCCAGGACGAUGAGGAGGAAGAAGAAGAGGAGGAGGAAGAUGGCGAUGAUGACUUACAGUAACGAACCAUCUGGUAAGGAUCAUCUAGUCCCAAGGCCGCUAUGAUCUGAUUAUCAUCGUAGUGCGUCCGCAGAUUGUGUGCGAGCGGUUUUGACAGCCCUUCACACACAGCGCAAUUCAUUCUGACAUACAUGCUUUGCUCAUUUAUCUUUUCCUUUAGGCUAGCAUAUUUUUCAGUGUAUACCUUUUCUUUCUGGAAAUUAGGACGCUAUUUUCCCUUUUCCACAAUAUGUCUAAUUGAUUACCUUCUAGUCUACUUUUGGGGGGUUCAUGUAUAUUGUAUCUUUAGGUUUUGCUUCAUUGUAUAAAAGGUUCACGCUGAAUAGUCUCUACUUGUGUGACUCGUAGAGAGCAGAAAUUGAGAAAGAGAU